AUGCUGUUCUCUUUGCGGGAGCUGGUCCAAUGGCUGGGGUUCGCCCAGUUUGAGAUCUUCAUCCACAUCUUGGCCUUGCUGAUAUUCACCGUCCUGCUGGCCAUCAAAGUAGAUGGGCUUGUCCCCAGCCUAGGGUGGUGGAAUGUCUUUAUUCCUUUUUUUGCCGCCGAUGGACUGAGCACCUACUUCACCGCCAUUGUCACCGUGCGGCUGUUCCAAGAAGGAGAGAAGCGCCAGGCUGUGCUGCGCCUCUUCUGGAUCCUCACCAUUCUCAGCCUCAAGUUCGUCUUUGAAAUGCUGCUAUGCCAGAAGCUGGUGGAACAGGCCAAGGAACUGUGGUUUGGACUCAUCAUGUCUCCCAUCUUCAUACUUCUCCAGCUGCUCAUGAUCCGAGCUUGUAGGGUCAACUAA